CAGUGGCAGUGAUGUGUAACUGGUCGGGACUCUAAAAAAAAAUCAACUGUCAGGUAGUGGCACACGAGCGGCAUCCUGACAUAACCAGUUGUUUUAAAUAGGCCUAUACUCCGCCUCUCGAUAUUUGGUGAAUGCACUGUGUAUAGCAGAUUGGUUCGUACCUGUACCAUCAGAUGGAACUGGUAUUCCCGGGAAAACCAGAUGCAAGCUUGCGUCAUGUGUAACCAGUGGUUAUAAAUAACUAUUGCCAAUCGCUUGGUAUAAAUGGAUGUUGUACGCAGUUAAUACGCAGUCGACUAUCAUUCAAGGCUUACCACGGAUUCUCUCCGGUUUUGACACAUCAGUUGCGGACAUUGUGUAACGGUAGAACAUGGGCAAGAGUAAGAAACAUCCUGAACCAAGGCGGGAGCAAAUCCUGCUUCUAGGCAGUCAAAAUGGUGAAGAGUCCGAAAUUCUUGAUUGGUUGAAGAAAGGCGAGGACCAAAUAGAGUUGUUACAAAGUCCUUACAGGCGUUUUGAUAUUGAGGAGAAGAGCAUCUCUUACAAGGGUGUUUACGUGUGGUAUCCCCCAGGAAUAACUGCAGGUGGUCGAUUGAGUGAUCGAAUUUAUUUGCACGAUUUCUUUAGGAACGCCAUGGCAGUGGUGUACGUUAUCGACAGCAGCGAUAGCCAGGAAGUUGAACGUGCAGAAUUUGAACUUGCUGCGUACCGUAGACACAGGAACCUAAAGGAUGUCCUUAUCAUCGCCAUAGCGACCAAACAGGACAACCCUGACGCCAAGUCGCCUAAACAGCUUGAAGAAAUCAUCAACGAACGCCACCAAGUAAGCCCAAUAAAGGUUUUCCCCGUAGUUGUCGACACCGGUGAGGGCAUCAACGAAUGUUUUGAUUGGCUGGUAGCAAAGGUCGCCGGGCAGUACGACGUGACCGGACCGUGGAAGGAGUUGGCACAGGACGUGUCACAAGAUGGAAAGGCAGGAUUUAACGUCGUCAAGGGAGCAUGGAAGAAAGUAGUUUCGAAGCUCUUCCUCGUCGGCUCGAAAACUAAAUGAAUCAUGAGAACUGCGCGAGACAGCAUAUAAUUAUGAUAAUUGCCGUAUUCAUGCCAACAAGGCCUACUGACAUUUUCAAACGACCGCAGUCUAUUUAGUGUAUUGGCAUGUAUUCAGCGUGCACAAAUAGAUGCACUGUAAUAGUGACAUACUUACCAUACACAUAUACACACGGCUUUGUUGUGGCUUGGGGAUUAUAAUGCCACGUCAAAAAUGCCAGUAUCAGAAUAUUCAGUUCGUGCAUAUGCUGAAAAGGCGCUCUAAAAUGAUGUGUCGUAUUGCAUUGUUUGAAGCGAGCAACCAAAGUUCAUGAUUUGUUCAACUUAGCUGUAUUUUGUUUUGAUACGAUUGAUACAGAAGAUAUUGAAUAGCUAUAACACUAUGCCAGUUGCAUGAUUUAAAACAGCAUUCUGAUAAUGAUGGGUCACACUUUUGGCAAUAAGCUUCCAAAAUGUACCAAGUAUCGAUUAGAGAAGAAUGAACAACUUAUAAUAACCCAAUAAAAAAGAAAUGUGCUUUUUUUAAAAUCGCUGAGUGCCAAAUUGCAAUUGAUCCCCAAACCAUUUGUAAUUGUUCCGAUUAAAGGAAUGCCAGUUAUGAACAAAUUGAUCCUCCGUCAUCUUCAUACUUGCUUUGAUAACUGAGCUACUUUGACUUUUGUGCAAGGGCAAAACUUUGCAAAUUUGUAUACUCUAUUAUCUUCAUAGAUCACGUACAUGUAGAUGGUCAAUCAGCCAUUUUUCUUCUUCAAAAGUUUCAAUUUUUGAUUAGCCCGAUAAACCGAUUUUUUAGUACAGGGUUGGAAGUUCAGGCAGAAGCAAUCCGAUAAGUUCAACGUUUAAUGAAUUAGAGCAAAUUUAAUUACAAAAGCGCCCUAUAUUCAAAAUCAGAAUAGGUGCUAGUCUAACUAUUUAACCAAUAGCUAGUUAAACAUUCUUCUUUAAUCCAUACUUGAUAUUACUCAGAUAUUCCUUGAACGAUAUAAAGUAAGACAGCAUUACAAAUACAUUGUAUCGUAGAGUUUAGUUUAGUUUAAUUCAUUUAUUGUAGGGACAAGUAAACAACGGUACAUACAACACAAAACAGAGUAACUAUACACCCUGCCCUCCUUGGCUUGUCACUUCAAACUGAUCGAGAUUAUACAUAAUGAUUUGAAUGUCCAAAACAAAUACAAUUCAGGAAAAAUACACAAUAUGACGGGAAUAAAUGUUAUUACCGUUAUUUAAACAAAAUAUAAGUUCGUACUUUUUAUGCUUCCGAUAUGAGUUUUGAGGUUUGGAUUUGUCUAUUUGUACAAAAAAAAAAUUAGUUUGGCCUCCUCGAUCAUUGUUACAAAUUCAUGGUGUGAAAAACUAAUGGAAUUAAAAAACGUAAACCUCAAUGCGUUAAACCGUGAACAGGAACACGGAAAGUGCUGUUAGCCUUCACAAGUGUUUAAAUUACAGAGUUUACAAAUACGAAGUGCAGGUGAUGUGCCACUGAAACGACCAGUUUCUAUUUCAAGGGGGAGUACAUCAUUCUUACGUUAGUCUAUGUUAAUCUUUGAAAAUAUUGCGUUAUUCUAAUUACUUUUUUUCAUACCGGUAGCCUUUUGUCGUACAAGUUCAUACUUCGACGAAUUAAAAACUUAUUUCUAAGAUUUUAUAAGAUUCUUGUUAUUGAUAUCUUAUAGCAAGUCUUAUUUUACCAAUAAAUUUGUGGCGAUAAUAAAACUCUA